UGUUAUCAAUUCGAACAAAAACACAGCUGGUUGUCAGAGUUUCAGAUUCUUGCAAUUUUCAUCUAAUAGAUGUCAUGAUCAAUCAAUUGUAAUAUUACAACACCAUUUUAGGUACUAAUAAAUAAAGCAAAAGUCAGCCAACGCACAUUAAAAAAAGAAAAGUCGGCUGGCAAUACCUACAAUUAUAAAUGUCAAAUAAAGCAGAAUCCAAUUAGAAGUGGCAGCAGCAGGAAAAGCAGAGGAAUCAAAAUCGACGUCCAGAAAGUUUUUUCUCCCAAACGAUUGACACGAAUCACACAUACAUGGUUAAGAAAAGAGUGGAGAGGUGUUGGAACUCAAAUUGGAAAAAUCGAAAGAAUAAAAUUUAAACUCGCGCAGAAUUGUGAAGAAUAAACUUUAAUUGUAUUCAAAUUCUUAGCCAAAUAGUAAUUAUAAAAGAAAUAUUAUAUGAAUUGAGUGCAAAAAAUUUGUUGGUGCAAAUUAAAGUGAAGAAUUUAAAGCGCUGUGCAAAAGCCGAAACCAGUUGGUUGGAAAAAAUAUAAAAGGCGAAACGUGAUAAACAAAAAUUGUAAAAAAGGAAAUAACGGUACUUUAAACAGACAGUAAUAAUAGUUGUCAAGCAGUGAGCGUAAACACCAUAACUAUUCUAUCACUGACUUCAAGUCCAACUCCAGCUUCGAACUCUGCUAAGAUAGCACCAGAAAAACGCACAGCAAAUUAAAAAGCGGCAGCAUCAUGACUAUGGCAGGGCAGACCAUCAACGAUCGGCUCUUGGCAGCGCGACAUAGCCUUGCCGGUCAAGGCCUGGCUAAGUCAGUGUGCAAGGCCACCACAGAGGAGUGCAUCGGGCCCAAGAAGAAACAUUUGGAUUAUUUGGUACAUUGCACGAACGAACCGAAUGUCUCCAUACCACAUUUGGCCAAUUUACUUAUUGAACGCUCACAGAAUACCAACUGGGUGGUGGUCUAUAAAGCGCUGAUAACCACUCAUCAUUUGAUGGCAUAUGGCAAUGAGCGAUUCAUGCAGUAUUUAGCAUCCAGCAACUCAACGUUUAAUCUCAGUAAUUUUCUGGACAAAGGCGGGGUGCAAGAUGGCUUAUCGGCACCGGGUGGCAGAAUGGGCUAUGACAUGUCUCCAUUCAUACGACGCUAUGCCAAAUACUUGAAUGAGAAGUCACUCUCAUAUCGUGCAAUGGCUUUUGAUUUUUGCAAAGUAAAGCGCGGCAAAGAUGAGGGUUCUCUGCGGACAAUGAAUGCCGAUAAACUGCUUAAGACAUUGCCAGUACUUCAGGCGCAGUUGGAUGCGUUAUUGGAGUUCGAUUGUCAAGCCAAUGACUUAAGUAACGGUGUCAUCAACAUGAGUUUUAUGCUGCUCUUCCGCGACUUGAUACGUUUGUUUGCGUGCUAUAAUGAUGGCAUCAUUAAUUUGCUCGAGAAAUAUUUCGAUAUGAACAAGAAGCAUGCACGCGAUGCUUUGGAUCUGUACAAAAAGUUUUUGGUACGCAUGGAUCGUGUUGGUGAAUUUCUCAAAGUCGCUGAGAAUGUUGGUAUUGAUAAAGGUGACAUACCUGAUUUAACUAAAGCUCCCAGUUCUCUCUUGGAUGCUUUGGAACAACAUUUAGCUACUUUGGAGGGUCGCAAAGUAUCCGCCGCCAAUACACCAACUCAAUCAGCAAGCUCAUCCUUCGGCACGGCCGCCGCAUCAAGCAAAUUCGACACGACCAAUGGCAUCGAUGAGCAAUUGAAAGCCCAGGUAUUAGCCGAAGAGGAGGCUGCAAUGAACCAAUACAAACAAUCGAAAGUCUCUUCACCCACUGCAGGCGGUGCUGGUGCUGCACUAACAAAUCCAUUCUUAUCGUCGCCGCCAGCCAGUAGUGCUGGCGCACCGAUAGUUGAUCUGUUUGGUGCAGCUCCGGCAACGGCUGCUGGCUCGACUGGUGCCGCCGGUGCAGGCAGUACUGCGGGUGGCACAAAAGCCUCCGAUGACUUGCUACAAUUGGGAAAUCCAUUUGCUGAUAUGUUUGAUGCACCAGUCGGUGGUGUAGGCACUGGUGGCGGUGUGGCAGCAGCAACAGGUGGUCCACAGAAUGUCAAUAAUAUUUGGAUACAUAAUAAUGGUUUCAAUGGUGCGCCUUCAGCGGCUGCUAACGCUUUCGUCUCGGACAGCAAUUUUUCAUCCGUUUUUGGUAACACUGAACCAGCCGCUGCUGCUGCAUCCUCCUCCGUAACGGACUUACCAAAUCCAUUCUUUGACACUAUGGAAGCGCCGCUAUUUGGCGCACAGCAACAACUGCACCAGCAAAUGGAAUUUUCAACCCACAGCACCGCUGCCGCUUAUAUGCCACAGGGGGCUCAAGCCGCGCAAACGCUAUUUAUGAAUACAGCAACUAUGGUGGCGCCGGCGUCACAACAAUUCCCACCAGGCUUUGAUGCUCUGGGUGAUGUACUUAAACCUGGCAUCACUUCCACGCAUCCAGCCGCUUCCAAUCAAACAACUAUUGUCACUGCAGGUGCUCUGGGUAUGGCUGGUAGUCAGCAGCAGCAGCAACUACUCACCCAACAACAACAACAACAACAACAGUUUCAACAACAACAACAACAAACACAGCCAACUAAUACUGGCAAAAUACUCACUGGCGAUUUGGAUAGUUCGCUUAUGUCACUUGUAGAUAAUCUGAAUAUAAAUAAAUCGAGCAGUGCAAAACCUGUGCAAUGGAACUCACCGAAAAAUACAGCGAAACCCGGUGCUAAUUGGACACCUCAACCAAUGGCUGCUACAACUGGUGCUGGCUAUCGUCCAAUGGCACAUGGCAUGACAGUAAGUCCUGCGCCUAUCACAAUCCAAAACCAUCCGUAUAUUCACGCUAGUUAUCCUGUUAUACCAAAUUAUAUGCAGCAGGGAAUGCCGGUGAUGGGACAACCUAUGAUGGGCCAAGCCCCUUUGACUGGCGUACAGCCGACGAUGGCGCCAAUGAUGGCAGCGGCGCCCCAAGCGCUGCACAGUAGUGCGAUAACAAUGCAACCGCAAUCGAUCCACCAACAACAACACAAUGGCAGCAAUAAGGGAGCGCUACCGGAUCCAUUCGGCGUAUUAUAAGAUGGUUGAACUGACAGCCGACAUGAGCAACACUAACAACCAUAACAACCCAACUACGAGUAAGCGCAGCGGAGCUGCUGCAUAGACGUGUGUGGCGCCAUCCAACAACAAUUCGCAUAAUCAAACCACAUUUAAAACUAUGGCAGGGGGGUAUACAAAAAUGAAAAAAAAUUAACAAAGAUUGCUGAAAUGUGCUGACAAGCGGAAUGGGGGCGUGGCCGUUGAGUGGGGGUGCAUAAAAUAGCUUAGCUGUGGUAGAAAAUGUUGAUGCCUUCCAUUUGAAAGGGGACGCGAACAAGCGAGGUGCGUGUAGAGCAAGUUGUGAAUGUCAUUCAUACAAAUAUAAUAAAAAAUUAUAAUAAUAAUAAUAACAAAAACAUGUUUGAAAUUAUAAAUUAAAUACAAUUGAAUACUAUUAUGAUUAUAUUAUAUUAUAUACAUUAAAUGCAAGCAAACAUAAAGAAGAAACAAAAUGUAAUGAAGGAGCGUUAAAAUUAGUAAAUAAACAAAGUGAAUACCAUAAAAUACAUUAUUGUAUUGUACUAUUUCUUAUAAAUAUAAUUAUUCUAUUGUAUUAUGUAACUGCAAAUACCAUUACCAAUCACAAAGAGCGUUAAUUGAAAUGUGUAAAUUAGCAAACCACAAAACCACAAAAAGUUUUAAAAAAUAAUCGGCAAAUAUAUAAAUUACACGCAGCAUACUUACUGUUAUUAUGUAUAUAUACAUAUAUGAACCAGAUAUUCGUAUCUAACUGUAUAAACAUACACAGAUGUAUAUGAAUAAUGCAAAACCUUCUAUAAAUUAGUGAUGUUAGUGACACUCAAAGCUGGCACGCUAAUAUUAAAUUACCAAAAUAAAAGUUUCAAUAUUAUAUACAGAGCAGAAAAAUACGCAAAGAAAGUAGUUUGAAAAAAACAGAAAAAAAAUUAAAAAAAUACAAAAUGGAUGAUGCGUUAUCAGUAAAAGGUACUAAGGGUAUUUGUUGUAGUUUGUAUAAUGUAAAGUUGGCGUCAAAUAUAUAUGUAUCUAAAAGAGUUAAUUUAUAAAUUAUAUAACACGCAAAAGUAGCAGAAAAAAAAUUAACGCAGCAGCAAGUAUAGUGUAAAACAAAGCAAAAACAAUUAUAUUGUCCCGUUGAAUAUAUGCAGAUUAUAUGUAUGUAUGUGUAUACAUAAAUUAUGUGUGUAUAUAUAUUUAUAAAUAAAUGCAAAAACCGAAAGUUCAAGUUGAUAAGCUAAAGAGAAACGCUAUAAUAAUAACUGUUGCAAAGUGCAGUGUACGAAUCAUAUAUAUGCAUUCAAGAAAAUGGCCAUAGCAUUUGGACACAUUUUCUUUCCACAUAACAGAAUUUGAUUAAAAUUCAAUUUGUAAUGCUUAUGUAACUCAAACUCAUUUAACUUUUACUAAAUUAAAUUUCUCAUAACAUGCAGCUUAUAAUGAGCUUAGAUUUAUAUAAAUCGUGUUGGAAUUGAAUUUCGACAAAAAUUUGUUGAGAAGCUUUGAUUUUGUCGGUUGAAUUUCUCAAUAUUUUUAUUAAUCUAUUAUGUAUUUAAAUGCUGAGAUAAACGAAAAUACACACAUAUAGGUGGAAGGUUAAGUAUGCUGAAUUAGUAGCUAUGCUUUCUUUCUUGACUUUAAUUUAUAAGUUUCAGUCAGGUUGACUCAAAAUUACUUGGUGACUACUUCUGGUACAUAAACUCCAAAAUUAAUGACAUAUAACCAAUUAGAGCUUUUAAAUGUGCUUGAUUUGCGAGCAAGUCAAAUAUUUAGAAUUAAGUGUUUACUUAAAUAGCUUUGUUAGCUUCCAUAAAAAAAAAUUACUUCCAUGAUCCAUUAAGUAUAUAUAAACAUACUAAUGUCGACCAAUCUGUUCGAAGUAAAAAUUUGUUGCUCAUUAACUAUUUUGACGACCCUAAGUAUACUCCUAUGUAUGUACCUUUCUACAUCAGGAUUUGUUUGGAUUUUACAGCUUCUUUAGAUUCUUUAUUAAUAUACCUCAAUCGCAAUCUUGUGCCUGUCUGAUUAUCUUCACUGAUAUGUCUGUACUCUAUUGUAAUUCAUGUGAAUUCAAACCUUUUAAAAUUCUGUCUAGCAUAUAAUAGAUUUCUUAUGAAUAACAUAUAUAUUAAAGCACCAGUUAUUUACUAUUGAAUCAAGCUAGUAGCGCUGUAGGUAUUCAUUUCUGUUCUAAAAAAAAGCAUUCCAAAUUAAAAAAAAAAAAAAAAAAAAAUUGAGAGAAAACGUUAUUAAAAAUUCGUCUGUUUGGUAUUAAAAAUAAAUAAAUUAUAUUUAAAUAAAUUAGUUAAAUAUUUUUUAUUAUGUAAAGUUUCUAUUAUCAAAUUUUUGCAGCUUUUUAGUAUACAUAUUUCAUAAUUUCUAAAAUAUUUGGCACUGAAAAAUGUAGUUGCUUUUUAAAAAAAGAUCUUCAAUGUGUGAUUUUUUUCAUUUACAUUUUUUUAUUUUAUUCAAAUUAUUAUUAGCACUCUGCACAUAGUGAGUAAUGCGUAUAAAUGUUAAAAUUUAUCUUUAGUAUAUUUAUACUAUUCGAAAGUUUGCUAUGUAAUUAUGUUAAAUAUUAUUAUAUUAUGUAUCUGUACGUAAAUUUGCAAGAUGUAAAUACAACAGAAAAGCAAAACACUUUACAAUUGUAUUUGAAGUGAGCUGUGGCAAAUGUAAAGAUCGAUAAUUUAUAUUACCUUAAACGAUCAAUACCAAUAAUUCUGAACUGUUUUGUGUAAGUUUAUUGAUAAUAACGAAUCGUAGCUUAUGAUUGUAAUGAUGAUGAUAAUAAAAAUAAAAAACAACUAAAUAAA